AUGAAAAAAAUGGAUGACGAUUGGGCUCUGAGAGAAGCACUUUUGUUAUGUGUAGAGGGAAGUCAGCAGUCUUCUCCGAUACGUCAUGCUACAAAUGGUUUUUGCCGCUGGGGUGUUCAAAAAACGACACACAAAUUUCCCGCGGCCGCUUACGGAGAGACGGAUUGCAAAAGUAUUUGUUGUACCGUGACGAAGGUGGAAGGGAUCCUACGUUGCACUUUGGAGACUUUUGUGGCAUUUAUCAGCACGCCGAAAAACGCACAAUACCACGAUGAUGGUGUGGUAUCGAAUGAUGUAAUUAAUGAAAAGGGUGAUGCCGUGCUGGUACGCACCGUGUACCGUCAUCGUCCUCCGGUGGAGGUCAUUACACGGCAUGCAUCCAAGAUGUACCACAUCCCAGAAGCGGUAGGUACCAAUGAGGCCUUACAGCGUUUUUGUGCCCAUGCUGUGGGUAUUUCUCAUGAUAAAAAGAUAUCUGAAAAUAAUAAUGUCAAUUCAAACAAUGGGACGUCUCUCUCAUUGUCCUCGAAGGUGUACGUGUAUGCCAUUCACAGCGUCCAAGAUGAGGGGAGCGUACACGUAUCUUCUAAUAAUAUACGGGGGUGGGUAUAUCUCUCCGCCUUCAUCGCCUAUGAGAUGCCUGGGCCGUGUGUGCACCUGACUUUUGUCAAUGCCCCAAACAAACACGUUGCCGCAGUCAUGGAAAGUUGCGAGAAGAAGAUCCCACGGAUACGAAGCUUCUGUGAAAUGCUACAAGAGAUGAUGUCACGGGGGAAACUAGCGCUUAUGCAGAGAAAACGGAGCGGGGUGAAGGCUUUCGGGGGCGUUGGGUCGCCGGAGCAAAGAAAUCCCUUGGGUCUCGUCCAAAACGAGCCAUUUGUUUUUGGUCCUCCCACAACGGCGCAACUCCGCGUGCUUUGCCCUCUUCUUAAGUUGCAUGCUGGGAAAAUGUGGCGGUACCGAGGACGGCAGGAAGGAUGCGACGUGGAAGAAUGUGACGCAAAUUUGUUUAUUGCAGCACCACCUUUUCUAAAGGCAUACCGUAUUUCCACAUUUAUUGCGUGUUCACUGGCUAAUUUUUUCUCUUUUGUUGGAGAUCCUUUGCAGACACAUCGUUAUGACCCCUUCUUAGAGAGCUCAAUGAAGAUUAGUACUCAGCCUGAGGGAGAGGUGUUCUAUUUGCGAUAUAAGCGACUUGCCACGUACAGCUCUUUACGUGAUUACUGUGUUCUCGUUAACUCAAUACUUUUGCAACCGGAUAUGGAACGGGGAAGUACAAAAUUGUUGUCGGCGUUCAAUUAUACAGCAAUGGUGUAUAUAGAGAACGCUAUUCAUUGCAAUUACCGCCCCCAUUGUGAGGGAUAUGAGAGAGAGAUUGUUUAUGCCUUUGGGUACAUUGCCACAAGUAACGCGGGGGAUAAUUGCGUGCAGGUGCAUCAUAUCGUGUGUGUGGACUCAAAAGACAAGUCGAAUCAACGACUGGAGUUGGCGAUGAUUCAAGAGCACAUUACCCGAAUGGCGUGGGUGCGUCAAAUCUGUGAGGACACACAGUCUACAUCAAUCGGUAUGCGGCCGUCCCAGGCACCACACAUGUAUGGGGAAGAGAGGACGGAGAAUCCAAAUCAUGACGAUGAGGAAGAAGCAGCAAGUUUUGUUGAGGUUGAAACAUUAGAAGAUGUCACUUCGUGUGUUUUUACCCAAGAUAGUGCUGACUGUAUGAGCCACCCGACUUCUUUGAAUGGGUCAGUGGAGGAGCUUGAAGGGAUAUUUGACAGAGACUCGAGUGGAGCGGGAACUUCAUUUCAAUCUGCAUCUCCUGUGAGACAUCCGCAGGUGUCUGACGCGGAGACACACAAAUCCCAUCUGACACCUGCCAUCACCACCGAUUGGAAUUCUUUGGUGACUCCAACGGAAGAGGUGGAGAAACAGGACGGAUGGAGGACGACACCGCAUGCGCAGACGGAAUUGUCACCAAGCAAGGAGUACUUUGUUUUUCAAGACGGUUCAAAACAAAGAUUAUCACCACCGCAACGUGAUUUUCUUCAAGUAGAGAUUGUAUCUUAUCGAAACUUCCUGACAUGGAGCAUGGCGAAAAAUCGCGUUAUCUUUUUUAUUUUUCGCACGUCGGCGAAGUCUGCACAAACGGCACGGGUGACUUUUAAAGAAAAUUCUUUAUUUCAGCAUGAGCGUCUGCUCUUUGAGGGGCCGCAGGGGGACGCGAUGACACUGAUAGUUGUCGUGCGAACGUCUUCUGGGCGGAUGAAACGCCUCGGGAAGGCUGUCAUGUCUCUACGAAACAUACGGGAGUCGGAGCCUCAAACACGGUGGGUGGCAUUGGUGAGAAAUUCUGGAAAAAGCGAUGCCUGCGUUUGUGGGGAAGUGUGUCUCACCCUGCGCGGUGGUGGAUUGAAUGCCCAGGCGUCCGCCACGCCGUUUUCAGAAGAAGCGGAGGAAUCAUUACGAAAACGUAUUCGUCAUGUAUUAAUGACAUUUGGACGGCGGCAUCUUCAUCGACUUGAGUGGAUUGUCGGUUACUGCUGCGACAAGUCCCCCAGUGAAGUCGACCUUUUAUUGGCGCGCUACAAAAAAAGGGAACAUCGCGACAUGGUUGUCCUCACUGUGUUUGAUGUACAGGGACUGAUAACUGAAAAAGGGGUUCCGUUUCUCAACGGGCCGGCAUGUCAGGUGUGGGUGGAGGCGAACAGCGUGCGGCAUUGCUCGCGGACCGUGCCGUUACAACAGGUGGCCGUAUUCAAGGAAUCGUUCCAGCUUCUGGUCGGUGUGGCGGAAGCCAUUCGUCUCACGGUGGCUGUCGGGGGGUUCAUUGUGGGGAAAGUACUCAUCUCUGCCAGCCCAGAAAGAUUUGGGGGUGUGCGCACGCAUACACUCUUUCGUGCGGCUGGUACGAAGAAGGCGAUGCCGAGUGGCGUCGUCACCAUUGCGCUUUCUGGCGAUAUGAAUCAGCAUUCUUCUCACCGGGACGGUGGGGGCGGUUCUUUUGAUCCGUUAGGGGAGGCCGCCCGCACAGCUUGCCUCCGUUUGGUUCUUUGGAAAUACGCUCGUCAUGUUAUCCACAGGCUCGAUGUGAUCAGUUCAUCGCUGUGCGAUGUGGAUCAUUACAUAAAGACCCUUGGCCCGUGUCCACCACGGUGUGAUGUUCGAGUCUCAGUGAAGCGGUGGGAGCCGUCAGUCCCCAUGUGGGACAGUCCCGCGGCCGCCGCUUCUAUGGGCGCAUCCGAGACUGAAGACAAAGACGGAAAUGAAGAAGGGAGACAUUCGGCGUCUUAUCGCAACAUUUUCAAACGCCAGACGGUGUACGCCGUGAUUCAUGCGGGAUUACAUUAUUACAAAAGCAGCACUGUGCGUGUUGGCGAGGAUGAAACGGCCUAUUUUAAUGAUCCCGUCACAUUCCACGAUCUUCUUCCCGAGCGAGACGAGGUUCUUGUGUCCAUCGUUGGCAAGGGGAUUUCUGGAACAGAGACGACCGAUUUGGGCACAACUGUUUUCACGCUCCGCACAUUGGUAAGGAAACAAACCAUGUCGUUUACUGUACCACUGGUGCGUCGUGCUGGUAGUGAUGAUGCAUAUUUUAAAGGGUGCGUGCAGGUG